UCGGAGGCCCGAGGAGGCCGCGCUGCCCGCCGCCGGGAGAGAGGGGGAGCUAGGCCCCCCACCUCUCGAGGGAGCGCCUCUUCACAGCGCAGGCUCGCGCCGCGCCGCGGUGGGAGUGAGGGGCACGGGGCGCGCAGACAGGGCCCUGCUGCCUUCAGUAUCCGCCGAGACGCCCGCGCAUCCUUGAGGCUUGGCUGCGGUUGCGGGGUGAAAGAUCUCUUUCAAUCUUUGGCAGUAGAAUACAGUGUUCUGGAACUUGACAAGAUUGAUGAGGGGCCCAGCAUUCAGGAGGUGUUGCUAGAAUUGACAGGUCAGAGGACUGUUCCUAAUGUAUUUGUAAAUGGAACUCAUGUGGGUGGAUGUGAUCAAACUUUCCAGGCUUACCAUAGUGGCUUAUUGCAGAAGCUUUUAGGGGAUGGGAAAGGUGAAGAGAUGGAAGCCUACGAUUAUGACCUAAUUGUUAUUGGUGGUGGUUCCGGUGGGCUUUCAUGUUCUAAGGAAGCUGCUUCCUUAGGAAAGAAGGUCAUGGUGCUAGACUACGUUGUGCCAACACCACUGGGUACAACAUGGGGACUUGGCGGCACUUGUGUAAAUGUUGGCUGCAUUCCUAAGAAGCUGAUGCAUCAGGCAGCCCUGUUGGGUCAGGCACUGCGAGAUUCAAGGAAGUAUGGCUGGGAGUUUGAUCAGCAAGUUAAACACAACUGGGAGACCAUGGUAGAAGCAAUUCAAAAUUAUAUAGGAUCAUUGAACUGGGGGUAUCGGGUCGCCUUGCGUGAUAAGUCUGUGACAUACCUCAAUGCCUAUGGAGAAUUUGUUGGACCACACAAGAUUAAGGCAACCAACAGAAAAGGACAAGAAACUUACUGCACAGCUCAGACAUAUGUUAUAGCCACAGGAGAAAGACCUCGAUAUCUAGGUAUCCCGGGAGACAGAGAGUACUGUAUUACAAGCGAUGAUCUCUUCUCUCUGCCCUACUGCCCUGGAAAGACUUUGGUUGUGGGAGCUUCUUAUGUAGCUUUGGAAUGUGCCGGAUUUCUUGCUGGACUUGGUUUGGAUGUCACAGUUAUGGUACGCUCUAUCCUUCUUCGUGGCUUUGAUCAAGAAAUGGCAGAGAGAGCAGGAGCCUAUAUGGAAACCCAUGGUGUAAAAUUCAUCAAGAAGUUUGUUCCUGUUGAGGUUGUAAAGUUGGAGGAAGGCAUGCCUGGAAAACUGAAAGUGAUUGCAAAAUCCACUGAAGGAAUACAAAUGAUUGAAGGAGAAUACAACACUGUUUUGAUAGCUGUUGGCCGUGAUGCUUGUACUAGAAAUAUUGGCUUGGACAAAAUUGGCGUGGCAGUUAAUGCAAAGAAUGGGAAAAUACCUGCAAAUGAUGAAGAACAAACCAGUGUGCCUUACGUCUAUGCUAUUGGAGAUGUUUUGGAAGGAAAGCCAGAACUUACACCAGUUGCCAUACAGGCAGGCAAGCUGUUAGCUCGCAGACUUUUUGGAGGGAGUAAUAUAAAGUGUGACUACAUCAACAUACCAACUACUGUGUUUACACCUCUGGAAUAUGGCUGUUGUGGAUUAUCGGAAGAACGAGCCAUUGAACAACUUGGACAAGACAAUUUAGAUGUGUAUCACUCGCUGUUCUGGCCACUUGAAUGGACAGUACCCAAUAGAGACAACAACACUUGCUAUGGAAAAGUAAUCUGCAAUAAGCUUGACAAUAACCGUGUGAUAGGAUUUCAUGUUCUUGGACCUAAUGCAGGGGAAAUUACACAAGGCUUCGGAGCAGCAAUGAAAUGUGGUCUCACAAAGGAAUUACUUAAUGAUACGAUUGGUAUACAUCCAACUUGUGCAGAGGUGUUUACUACAAUGGACAUCACAAAGGCUUCAGGGCAAGAUAUCACUCAGAGUGGCUGCUGAGGUUAAACCCUGCUGUUUUAAACUGUUUCCUGUUUGUCCCACUUACCUAUGUUGAAGAUUUUAGGAAGCAUUCAGAUAUACACAGGUAAAUGAAUAUCUGAAUGCUGUAUUUUGCUACCACAGACAUUGAUUUUCUAAAACUUCAGUGGCAGGUGGUGGUGUCUGCAGGAAAUGGCAAAACAGCAGGGGGUAAACUUAAUCCUGACUUGCUUAGAGAUUGCACUUUUGUGUAUUUUUGAAGCUUUGGCUCUGAACCCCAUCUGGAGGCGAGUCAUGGCUGAUGACUUCUAUGCAAAGUUGGGAAAACCUAUUUGUCCAGUCAGUAGAGAUUCCUUCCAGAGGAACUUCGGAAUCAUCCAAGUGAAGUUUAAUUCUAUUAAUUUCAGGGCUUUUGUACAAAUGCAAUGGGCAGAGUGAAUGUAUAGUUAAUAACAUUGGCUAGCAACAGCCAUUGACCUUGAUGGGUCAGUAGUGCAUUUUGUUAAUUGUUAACCUGAAUGGUGAGAUAGGUUUGCAGUGUCUAUAAAUAUCCCUGUUUACACGGUCAUAAGUUGGAGAGCGAGUUUACGAAGUUAAUGUGUUAUGUCCCCAUAUGCAUCAUAGCUCACAGGACACAUAAUGGGAUGACUUGAUUAUUUUAUCAAUAGGUACUUGGUCACCAGAGAAAGCAGUCAUCCUAAGUCACAAAAUUAUCGCUUACAAUUUUUUUUUCAAGGGGGGGGGAGUUUCUCUAGUUUUUCCUUAAUAACUUUACCCCCGAUUUUAACCCCGUAGUUGACUACUCAGAAAAAAAAUUUCCAAGUAGAGUCAAAAUUGUUUCAUGGUAAUAUUAAUAUGUUCCCUUUUUAUGCAAUAAGUGCAUUGUUUCAGCCAUAAAAUGGAAUGCAUUUGGUCUAGGUUACCUGUAUGCAGGCGAUUAGCUUGAACUGUGUCAUAGCAAUAAACACUGGUUUAUUGUGCUUUAUAAAAAUUCCAGUACAGUGAAAACCUGAAGCCCCAUUGGCAUUCCCUACUUACUUUGAGGAAUGUAUGCUUGAGUUUAGUUUAUUCUGUGAUUAAAAAGUCUCUUCUGAAAUGCAUUAUUUCAUUAUCUGUUCAUUAUCAUAUGAACAGGUUUUUUUAAUCUAUUUAUGGUGUAUCAUGAAUUUAAAGUUCAGUAAAUGAGCAAUGUAA